AUGCAGUGACCGGGGUGCGGGACCGGGGUGCAGUGACCGGGGUGCCCCGCUGGCAGCCGCCGCUGGCCGUGGCCGCUCCGCAGAGCCGCCGUUCCCUCCCGCAGCCGCGGAAACAUGUCCGGCUUCCUGGAGAGCCUGCGCUGCUCGGAGUGCGUGGACUGGGGCGAGAAGCGCAACGCCAUCGCCUCGGUGGCCGCGGGGGUGCUGUUUUUCACAGGCUGGUGGAUCAUCAUCGACGCUGCUGUGAAAUACCCUCAGGUGGAGGAUUUCAAGCACUCCUACCACGCCUGCGGGGUGAUUGCCACCAUCGCCUUCCUCAUGAUCAACGCGGUGUCCAACGGGCAGGUGAGGGGGGACAGCUACAGCGAGGGCUGCCUGGGCCAGACAGGAGCUCGGAUCUGGCUCUUCAUUGGCUUCAUGAUGGCUUUUGGGUCCCUCAUUGCCUCCAUGUGGAUCCUCUUUGGGGGCUACGUGGUUAAAGAAAAACCAGUGGUGUACCCAGGAAUAGCAGUGUUUUUCCAGAAUGCAUUCAUCUUUUUUGGGGGCCUGGUGUUCAAGUUUGGUCGCACGGAGGAUUUGUGGCAGUGAACCCCCCUGGAGUGCCCUGGGCUUUAGCUGCACCCCAAAAGUUUUGUAAAACCAUUUUGUAAAGCUUCCAUUGUGUCUGAAGAGAAAUCAAGGAAAGCUGAAAGCACUAAAUGCAGCUCUUUUCUGGUUGUUUUUUUUUACUCUUGUACGUCCACUUCAGUGGUGUGGUGUUUUUGAGAAAUGUAAAAUUGCUCCAAACAAAAGUGGAGUCACUUUUCUAAAAUGAUGUUUGUUACAAAUAAAAGGAGAGUGGAAUAUGGAUGCAUUUAACCAGCUCUUUCUAUGAUGUUUUUACAAUCCAAGACUUACUAAAACUGCAUUUAAACAACCUUUUAACAGAUAUUUAUUAAAUAUUUCCUAUAUCUGAGCAAUAGAACCAUUUCUUCAAUUUCAAA